AUGUCGAAUUCAGUCCCAACUUUAACUCUCACUCUCACUCUCACUCUCACUCUCACUCACUCCACUCUCAGGGACCUUCUGGAGGACCCCAACCCCCAGCAACCACCCCCUCCCAACUUCCAAAAGACCCAAACUCCCGUCGGCCCCUCUCACGGGAGCAAACGAGGGAAAUUCAAGAAACGCAAAGAGGCCACCCCAAUUACCUACGGAUACCCAACGUCUACCAAACACAGCUGGACCGCAGUCAUGUCCCUCUCUCGCGCUGGCGCCGGACCACGCACCAUCAAUCGGAAUCCUGCGGCAGCGGUAGGAGAACCAGGAGGGGAAGCAACAUCAGACGAUCGAGCUGCAAGAGGACCCUUUUUUCCGGUCCUUGUGUGUCUACGCAGUAUGCCACGGAACGUGUGCCAGCUUCCAACAUCCCACAUUCCCACACGCCACGCAUACACUACACCUACCCACCCUUGCGAAACGGAGGGGGGAAGCGUCACCAAGGGAAUUGCAAUUCAAAUGCAUACAGACACUACGGAUACAUAUUCUGGUCCGGUAAGACUCGAGAAGAUACCAGAGGAUACGGAUACUAGGCAGGCAGUAAUUGCCAUGGGAGGCUGGUCCUUGUCCUGGUCCUUGUCGUCACCGCUCCUCUGGGCCUGUCAUCCACGCUUUACGCUAUCUGCUCUCGACGAAAUUGACCCCGUUGACGCAGCAAGUCCCCUUGCGUCUUGUGUCUUGCCCCUCGUCGGAAACAAACAUUGCCUGGCCUGUCAAGUCUCAGGCGAGCAAUCCCGGGAUAGGCACCCUGCCGACCCGAAGAUGGCCCUGGGAAGCAUCGCGGGUCGCGGACAGCGGCGCAUCCUCACGGCUCUCGCACUUGGACCACGGUACACUGUAGAGCAACCCGCCCACACGCUACGAAUUACAAAGACGUGGGAAAACGUGGGAACCCGGCCACUUGUCACUUUGGGUGGAUGCGGAUGUUUCAACAUUCUCCGGCUGUCCCCUGGAUUGUGCCUGUCUGGGCCCCCUCGAUCCAAGAAAGCCACCUGCUCCGUUGCAUCUCAACCAACGUCCCGAAUGUGUCCUAGCCAGGCAGCCGUGACCGACUUAGCGCCCCUUUACGGAGUAGUUUUCCGAGAAGUGUACCGACCCGUUUCUUCCCGUCUGGCCCGCGUCUAUUCGGCCGAGUCAUGGGAUGGCGGGCGAGAGUGGCCGCUUUGCCCGUGGCUAGCUGACCAUAGGGUCAAAGAGCUGGAGCCUGAAAGGGGCCCCGCGAGGCAGGCCGGUCGUCAACGUGGAACGAGCCCCUGGAAGCUCAUCAGCGGUGCCUCCGUGCCGGACCGCCGAUCAGUCAUUCACGGGUCUAUGACUCCAUGUGCCAUAUACCGGUGUCAUCUCCAGACAGACACACGUGCGACGAUGGGCGUGUCUGAACCUCAUUUCGUCUACCCUCCACGUCUCGGCCCAACGCCCUGUUUGAGUUGCACAUCUACGGGGCUUCCUCUCUCUGAUGUAAGGCCGGCCACGAAGAAGAUGCCGCGAGAGCAACUUGCUAUCAAACAAACGGAAUGGCGGAUCAUGGGUGCGACGGUUGAACAUGCGGUUCCUGUUUCCAAAAUGUACAACAGGUUGCCUAAUGACUAA